GCUCUGCCGUUGGGUGAGACGCGUCGGGAAGUGUCUGGCCGCCCAGGUGGGACCUGGCGGCACCCUGAGGAGUGAGCGCGGGGGGCUGCGAGACCAGGGGCGCCGGGCGCCGGAUCGACGUGCUGGAGGGCGUGCGGCCGCCGUGAAAGAUGGAUACUACAAUGCUGAAUUUGCGGAAUCUGUUUGAGCAGCUUGUGCGCCGGGUGGAAAUUCUCAGUGAAGGAAAUGAACUUCAAUUCAUCCAGCUGGCAAAAGAUUUUGAGGAUUUCCGUAAGAAGUGGCAGAGAACAGACCACGAGCUGGGGAAAUACAAGGAUCUUUUGAUGAAAGCAGAAUCUGAGCGUAGUGCUUUAGAUGUUAAGCUGAAGCAUGCACGUAAUCAAGUGGAGCUAGAGAUCAAACGGAGACAAAGAGCUGAGGCCGACUGUGAGAAGCUGGAACGACAAAUUCAGCUGAUUCGAGAGAUGCUCAUGUGUGACACAUCUGGCAGCAUUCAACUAAGUGAGGAGCAAAAAUCAGCUCUGGCUUUUCUCAAUAAAGGCCAACCAUCCAGCGGCAAUGCUGGCAACAAAAGACUAUCAACCAUUGAUGAAUCUGGUUCCAUUUUAUCAGAUAUCAGCUUUGACAAGACUGAUGAAUCACUGGACUGGGAUUCUUCCAUGGUGAGGAAUUUUAAAUUGAAGAAAAGAGAAAAGAGGCGCUCUAGUAGCCGACAGUUUGUUGAUGGACCCCCUGGGCCUAUAAAGAAAACUCGUUCCAUUGGCUCCACAGUAGACCAGGGGAAUGAAUCCAUAGUUGCAAAAACUACAGUGACUGUUCCCAAUGAUGGUGGGCCCAUUGAAGCUGUGUCCACUAUUGAGACAGUGCCUUACUGGACCAGGAGUCGAAGGAAAACAGGUACUUUACAAACUUGGAACAGUGAUUCUACCCUUAGCAGCAGGCCACUGGAGCCAAGAACUGAGACAGACAGUUUGGGCACGCCACAAACAAAUGGAGGAAUGCGCCUACAUGACUUUGUCUCUAAGACGGUUAUUAAACCUGAAUCCUGUGUUCCAUGUGGAAAGCGGAUAAAAUUUGGCAAACUGUCUCUGAAGUGUCGAGAUUGUCGAGUGGUUUCUCAUCCAGAAUGUCGAGAUCGCUGUCCUCUUCCCUGCAUCCCUACCCUUAUAGGAACACCUGUCAAGAUCGGAGAGGGAAUGUUGGCUGAUUUUGUGUCCCAGACAUCUCCAAUGAUCCCUUCCAUUGUUGUCCACUGUGUAAAUGAGAUUGAACAGAGAGGGCUGACUGAGACAGGCUUGUAUAGGAUCUCAGGGUGUGACCGAACAGUAAAAGAGCUGAAAGAGAAAUUUCUCAGAGUGAAAACAGUACCUCUCCUCAGCAAAGUGGAUGAUAUCCAUGCCAUCUGCAGCCUUCUAAAAGACUUCCUUCGAAACCUCAAAGAACCCCUUCUGACCUUUCGACUAAACAAAGCCUUUAUGGAAGCAGCAGAAAUCACAGAUGAAGACAACAGCAUAGCUGCCAUGUACCAGGCUGUCAGUGAACUGCCCCAGGCCAACAGGGACACAUUAGCCUUCCUCAUGAUUCACUUGCAGAGAGUGGCUCAGAGUCCAAACACUAAAAUGGAUGUUGCCAAUCUGGCUAAAGUCUUUGGCCCUACGAUAGUUGCCCAUGCUGUGCCCAAUCCAGACCCAGUGACAAUAUUACAGGAUGUCAAGCGUCAACCCAAGGUGGUAGAGCGUCUGCUUUCACUGCCCUUGGAAUACUGGAGUCAGUUCAUGAUGGUGGAACAAGAGAAUAUUGAUCCCCUGCGUGUCAUUGAAAACUCAAAUGCCUUUUCAACACCACAGACACCAGAUAUCAAAGUGAGCUUACUGGGGCCUGUGACCACACCUGAGCAUCAGCUUCUCAAGACUCCUUCAUCAAGUUCCCUGUCACAGAGAGUCCGCUCCACCCUCAGCAAGAACACUCCCAGAUUUGGGAGCAAAAGCAAGUCUGCCACCAACCUAGGACGACAAGGCAACUUUUUUGCUUCUCCAGUCCUCAAGUGAAGUCACCCUGCUUCCUACUUGCCAGCUUUUACUGACUGCAAGAAAGGGCACACCUGUACUCUGCUUUGCAGCCUCCGUACUACUUUUAGCAUUCUCCAGGCUUUUAAUCAAGUUUAAUUGUGCAUGAGGGUUUUAUUAAAACUAUAUAUAUCUCCCUCUCUUUCUCCUCUAGUAACAUAAUAUCAGCACCUUGUGCUAGUUGUUGUUAGAAACUUUUAGAUGAGAGAUCUUUUCUACAGGGGUAGGUAGAAGGGAUAAUAUGGAAUUUAUUGUGAUUCUUGGGGGUAAGGACAUCCCUUUGACUCAAAACCAGAUGCUAUAUAGAGUGACUUCUCUCGUUUUUAUGUAGAACUAAUUUUCAUGAGACAGUGACUGAAACCCUACAGCUUUGGUAAGAGCAACUUAGGGCAGGAAGUGAGAGGGCAGGGUAAAGACAGGAUUGGGCAGGGGAUGCAGGAUGGCUGCCUCUCAACACUGAAGUCCCUUUUCUCUCUUGAAUUAAGCUGUAGCAUGAGCCUGCAGAAAAAUGGGAUAGGUUGCAAACAGAACUAGUGGUGGGAGAAUCUUUAGCUUUAAUUUGGAUUGAUUAAAUCUUAGUAUAAAAUGGCACAACCUUGUAAUACUACAACUUGUAUUUAUCUCUAAUGGACUACUGGCUGGGCUUUGGACUUGGUUGGGAUCAGCGUUUGUUUGUUCUUCUAAAGUUGAAUUCAUUCUGAUGGCUGACUCUCUUACCCCUUGUCCAGCAAAAGCCCUGUUUUCUAAAGGUCAGUUUGAUGUCUGUCUGGCAUCCCAGCUAACAAUUAAGAUUAGCUUGUAAAGAAAGUGUCAAUAUUUCGUGUGGCAAUAAAAGCCACAGUCGUUUUUGCUUUUGCACUUUGGAUGCUGAAUUUUCCCAUGAAACAGUCACAUCUAGGUAAACGUGACUUUUCUUCUGUCAGAUUAUUCCCAAUAUCUGUAAAAAUGGUUUUCUUCUGUAGAAUGUUUCUGACUCACAUUGACCUUUGUCUAUAAGACUCAUAUUUGGAAUAAUAUUUGGAGAAAAGUAAAUAGCUUUUUCACAAUGUGAGGCUGCUUUUCUUGUCUUGGAUGGUAACUUCCAACACUUUUUAGAAAAUAGCUUUCCUCAAAGUAUUUUGGGUCUCUUGUUCAUCUCCAUUUCUCAUUCCCUGUACCCAAUGGCCACCCCCUUGUUCACCACUUUCAGAGAUUUCUUUAUUUCUUUUUCAUUCUCUUUCUUUGUCCAAACUAAAAGUCUAGAUAUCAUAACUAUUAUCCUAUUUGAAGCAAGAACUUUAAACAAAAAAAAAACUUUUAAACUAGUCUCUAGGGACCAGACUGGUACAGAUUUUUAAAAAAAGAAAAUUUGCUGCUGGCUGGCGGGCUGCCUGGAACAUCCUUCACUGCUGGAAGUGACUGUGGAGUGAGCUGGGCUGAUUAACUGAGGGCACCUGCACUUGGAACUCUGAGGCUGGUGAACAGAAUGUAUUUGAGAUUGAACGUAAACAGUUGCAGGCUUAAUAUGUAACCGUGGAGAGAGGAGGCAACCUACUGGCUUUUUUCCCAGGAGGGGGCAGCUCUCACAGCAGGGCCCAUCUGCCUCAGUAAAUUGACAGAGGAUGGGUCCCAUCUCCCCAACCCUCCCCCUUAACACACAUGACUGCUAGGAUUUAGUGUGAUUUUUUUUUUUUUGUUUGUUUUGUUUUUUUAAACUUUGUCCUAGAUGCUACCUCUUUUCUUGUCUUUGCAAGCCUCAAGUUGGCUUGGCUCCAUAUUUGCUGUUUUGUAGCAUCUCCCCAAGGUGCAUUUGAAGUCACUAAUGUAGAGGAAGUAAAUGGAUUGUGUAACAUUAGUGAAGGCAAGACUACCCUAUGCAGGAAUUGAUGGCCCAUAAAUGAAAAAGGAAAUAGUCCUGUGUGUCAAAUGUUGGCAGCUCAUAGUUGCUCAGAUUUUGGGCUAAGCCAAGAACUCUUAGCUGUGAAAAUAAUUCUGAUAUUAGCAAAGGGGAAAAUAUACCCACUUUCAGCUUAACAGUGCUUCAUGUGCAACAGCUUUGCUAGAGGGAUUCCUUAAUUAAAUUAUCUGUGCUUUGACUUGA